UAAAGAAACUCAGUGGAGCGACCUCACCAAGGCGCACAGGCAUCCAGGGGCCACUUCACCUGCGGGAUGACUUUGACUGUGUGAAAUCAGACUUGGAGAAACGGUCCGGAUGCUCAGUGCACUGCUGAAUGCUCUGCUGCUAAGCUGACAGUCGGCUAAAGCUCAAAGUGCGUUUUUUUUUUUUUUUAAAUUUUUUAAAGAAAAGAAAGAAAAACACUCUUUGACGUUUCUCUUGUGAACUCCAGCGCGUCCCGCUUCUCUCCGCUGCGGGUUGGAUCGGACGCACUGACUUGUUGCCCCAGCUGAGCUCCGAGGGGCCCACGGCUGCUGUGUUGCGUGUCCGACCUACAAGUCAGCGACAGGACUUAAAAGCCUGCUGCAAAGAUGAUGUCCUACAUAAAGCAACCCCAUUACACCAUGAACGGGUUAAAUUUGCCUGGACCCGGAAUGGAUGUGCUGCACACAACCGUCGCGUAUCCACCCACUCCCCGGAAGCAGCGCAGAGAGCGCACCACCUUCACCCGGACACAGCUGGACAUCCUGGAGGCACUGUUCUCCAAGACCCGCUACCCAGACAUCUUCAUGAGGGAGGAGGUGGCGCUCAAGAUCAACCUGCCUGAGUCACGUGUGCAGGUUUGGUUUAAAAACCGCCGAGCCAAGUGCCGGCAGCAGCAGCAACAGAGCACAGGCCAAUCCAAGCCCCGCCCUCCUAAGAAGAAGGCCUCACCAGUGCAGGAACCCAGUGCCCCUGAUCCUGUUCCUAACCCAUCUGGCUCUUACAGCCCCUCUUCAGCCCAGUCAGGCCCCAGCCUGGCUCCAAGCUCCAGCACUGGAAACACCGCCGUGUCCAUCUGGAGCCCAGCCAUCUCACCCUUGCCUGAUCCUCUGGCCUCCUCCUCAGCGCCCUGCAUGCAGCGGCCCUCACCUUAUCCUAUGAGCUAUGGCCAGCCGUCAGCCUAUUCCCAGGGCUAUGCCAGCACCACCUCUUACUUCACCGGCCUGGACUGCAGUGCCUACCUGUCCCCCAUGCACUCGCAGCUGUCAGGCACCGGGGGCGCACUCAGCCCCAUCACUGUGCCCUCUAUGGGGGGCUCCCUGAGCCAAUCCCCAGCAUCUCUGUCCUCGCAGGGCUACAGCACUGCCUCCUCCCUGGGCUUCACCUCUGUUGACUGCCUUGACUACAAGGACCAGCAGGCCUGGAAGCUGGGCUUCACCACAAUGGACUGCCUGGAUCACAAGGACCAAAACUCCUGGAAGUUCCAGGUCCUCUAGAAAUUGACAAAGAGUGGCGUUCAAAUGUGUCGACAUGUCACAUGUGUCAAUGAGUCCCAUAUGAGAUAGUGUGUGGAUCAGUUCUGCCAGAGGACUUAUUGUCAUGGAUACUGAGUUUCUUGUUUGUAAGAUUUUGUUUUUAUUUUCUAAGAGUGACCUCUAUAGAAAGUCGUUUUAUUUGAAUGAUUGUGGAGACAAAGGAACUUGUGACUGUCAUCGAUGCUGCCUGACUGCAAGUCAUGUCUGUUGUCUUCUUCAUGCUGUGUUGAAUAAGAGAAGAAACGCCUUUGUAGGAAAAGACUGGACUCCUACUUAUGAAAAAAGAGCCAUCUCUCUCUCUUACCGUCACACACACACACACACACACACACACACCAUCUCUGGUGUGUGUGUCACUUCUUCAUUUUGUUUUAAACUUGCAUUAUCAUAGAGUGAAAGAGGAGCUGUUUGGACAUGAAGGAGCUCUUCGUCCUGUAGGCCACAUCCUCCUUCAGGGUUACAUUAUUUCAAGCUAUUUAUUAUUAUUUUAUGCCACACUUAAACAUGUAAUAUGAUUGCAUUUAGAUUUAUUUUUGAGCAUUUGUGUUACGUAUUACAGUGUUAGCCUUUAGUGUUAUCACCCUGAUCUGUUUGACGAAAAAAAAAAUUAGAUUUUCUGUUUUAGCUGUGUGACAUAUUAAAGUGAUCUAAUCUUUA